AAUAAAAUAUUUUUAAUGGCGUAAUUUUUUUAAAUGGAUGAAAAAUUAAUCAUUGCAUAGACUUUUGAAAAAAUGCCUUACCAAUUAUAAGUAAAAUGUAUUGUGUGCUAGAAAAUUUAUAAUAAAUAUCAAAUAAAGAAUGUGCAAGUUUUACAAACUAAUACAUAAUACAUAUAAUAUAUACAGAAUGUGAUACAUAAAAAACAACUGUUUCGAAAUCUAAUUAUUGACGAUUCAAGAUUAUUGAAUUAUUCUUAUAGUAUAAUAUCUAGUAUUAGCCUAGAGUCUAAGCUAAUAAUAAUAUACACGUCGGUCUUAAGACUUCUGUGAAUAUCAUUGUUGUUAUGAAAAAUAUUAUUAUAUGUGCCUUGGUGGUCGAAUUGGCUAGGACACUUGCAUGAAAUGUUGGCAGGUUUAAACCCUGGCCAAGGUAAUAUUUUUCGCAACAGAUUUUUUAUUUUUUCAGGGAUAGGGAGAUCUUAAAAGGUGCUAUGUUUGUGUUAAUAAUAUAACAUUGACCAAUCAAUUUAAUUUUAUUAUAUUACUUAUUCUGAUUCAAUCUAAGAGCUGUGUUUGAAACCGAAAGUAACGGCAUACGGUUCGAAAAACUCAAUAAUUGUACGUAAAAUCACCAGAAAUAUUAUUUCAGUGACAACAUCCUACUAUAAUCAUGUAUAUGCCUAUUUCGUCCUUUAUUAUUCUUUAAAAAUUUGGAAACGUUAACACUUUGACAAAAAAAAAAAGACUUUUUUCAUACACCAGAACGAGACUAGUCGGUUCCUACAGUUUUUUGCGUGCUGAAUACGAAUCUCCUGUCCAAAUUGCUCUAUUAUGUCACAAUUUUGAGAAAUUUGCAAUUAAAGUUGUAAAAGAUUAUUUUCACUUUGAUUUAUUCAGUUCCAAUUUUCUUUUCAAUUUUAUUCAGUCAAGUAAGCGACUGAUGCUCGCAAAAUUUUCCAGGUACGCGAUCCCGCCGCCACGGUCAGUUACUCGAAGGUGAAACAACCGGAGCCACUGGCAUUCACGCGAGCGGAACUGGCCGCGUUAUACAAAAAGGCCUUGGAAAAAGGGUCAGCAAUCAACCUGGAGUCGUUAACGCAGAUUCUCAAUGCUGCGGGCAAUGGCAACACACCGCCUCAAGCCGGUCAUCCGCAGCUACCGGUUAAACCAAUGUACAACUAUUACUUCUUCCCGCUAAAGAGCUUUGCGUCCGAAUUGCAGAGGGAUCAUCAGACCGCGAUGGUUCCAAUAUAUGCUGCCACGGACACUGCAGAGAGCACUCAGAAGCAGCUUAUGAAUCCGCUCUUCGUGGCGAUUGGCACGUUCAUUAGCAUGGCGCUUCUGUUUAUGAUGGGCGUACUGUUUUUACCGAAACUGCCGCAAUUGGGACUCUUUAACGCGCGAGUGGCCGAUAACGACGACUUUUUGCAUCUAACGACUCUUGUAAUGAAUGCCAUAGACGGACACAAUCGCUGGCAGAAUUUCAGCACAGCUAGCUGAGAAUAAAACGUGUCGCAUUUUUUUAUGUUAGAGAUUGAAAAUAUCUGUAAACAUUUAUAUCGUAUUUUACGUAAAAUAUUUGGACGACGAUUGAAAAAAAAAUAAUUACAUUACUAAGG